AUUACACAGCAGCUGGUGCCAGCCUGAAAACUGAAAAGGCAGCUUGCAGAGUGGUUUGGAGGCAGGUGGGCAGGACCACCCAGAAACCCAGAAUAAUCUGGACUGUAAACUUCAUCUGAUCAAGGAUGACAGACGUUGAAAGAGAAAUGGGCCUUCCGCCCAUUGAGCAGAAACCAGGGCUGCAAAUAUGGACCAUCAAGAAUAUGAAGAUGGAGCCUAUUCCCGCAAAGGCUUAUGGGAGUUUCUUUGAAGGAGACUGCUACAUCAUAUUAAAUAACACAAAGAUGCAGCAUCGCUUCGCCACUGAUCUCCACUUUUGGAUCGGGCGCGAUGCCAGCCAGGACGAGCAAGGAGCUGCCGCUUUCUAUGUCACCCAGAUGGAUGAUUCCCUGCAAGGGAUGGCCAUUCAGCAUCGAGAGGUUCAAGGGCACGAAUCCGCUGCUUUCAAAAGUUAUUUCAAGAAAGGCAUCAUCUACAAGAAGGGAGGAUUGGCUUCAGGGUUCAAGCAUGUUGAGACCAACAUGUAUAACAUCAAACGGCUCCUUCAUGUUAAGGGCAAGAAACAUGUGUCAGCUACAGAGGUUGACCUUUCUUGGGACAAUUUCAACAAAGGUGACGUCUUCCUGUUGGAUCUUGGCAAAGUGCUGAUCCAGUGGAACGGACCUUCCUGCAACAUUGCUGAAAAAUCGAAGGGAAUGAUCUUGGCACGAAACAUCCGGGAUGGGGAGAGAGGUGGACGUGCCCAAAUUGCCGUCAUCGACAACGAGAAAGACUGCCCGGAACUCAUGCAGAUCAUGAAGGCGACACUGGGAGAGAGGAAUCAAGAGAUUAGGGAGCCAUUACCGGAUGAAAAAGCGGAUGAACAUCAGAAAGCCAAUGUCCGCCUUUACCAUGUGUACGAAAAUGGCAAAGAUCUUGUGGUCCAAGAAAUUGCAACCAGGCCCCUCACCCAAGACCUCCUGAGUCAUGAGGAUUGUCACAUUAUAGACCAGGGAGGUUUGAAAAUUUAUGUCUGGAGAGGAAAAGAGUCCAGCAAGGAAGAAAAAAACGCUGCUUUUAGUCGGGCAGUGGGUGCCCUAACCACCAGACCAAACUGGCUCAUGUUGUGUGAACGCUGUAUCUGGGUUUCUUUUCAGGUAUGGCGAAUUGAGAAUCGGGAGAUGGUUCCAGUUAAUCCGAAGACUUAUGGCCAGUUUUAUGGGGGUGACUGUUACCUCGUCUUGUACACCUACACGAAAUCAGGCCGACCUCAUUACAUUAUCUACAUGUGGCAGGGCCGCCAUGCAUCAGUGGAUGAAACUACGGCUUGUGCUAUCAAUGCCGUGGAGCUGGACAAGAAAUAUGGGGACGAGCCAGUCCAGGUUCGAGUGACAAUGGGGAAGGAACCCCGGCAUUUCCUCGCUAUCUUCAAGGGAAAUUUGAUCAUUUAUGAGGGAGGCAUCCAUCAUGGUCAGAAGACGGAACCUGAACCAGGUGUCCAGCUCUUCCAAGUGAGAGGUACCGAUGAAUUCAACACCAAAACGGUCGAGGUCCCCGCCCGAGCCUCUUCUCUCAAUUCCAAUGACGUCUUCCUUCUCAAGACCAACCAAGUGUGUUACCUGUGGUGUGGAAAGGGAUGCAGUGGGGAUGAGCGAGAAAUGGCAAAGACCGUGGCUGAUGUCAUCUCCAAGUGGGACAAACAGACUGUUAUGGAGGGGCAGGAACCAGCUGAAUUUUGGUUUGCCCUUGGAGGCAAAGCACCCUACGCCAGUGGCAAGAGAUUCCAGGAACAAGUUCCUCACUAUCAGGCUCGCUUGUUCGAAUGCUCCAACCAGACUGGGCGAUUCAUUAUGACUGAAAUAGUGGAUUUUGGCCAGGAUGACCUGGACGAAGAAGAUGUCAUGCUGCUGGACACCUGGGAAGAGAUUUUCCUUUGGGUUGGGAAAACUGCCAACAGCUAUGAAAAGACGGAGUCCGUUUCUGCAGCCAAAGAAUAUUUGAAGAACCACCCAGCGGGGAGAGAUGUAGCAACCCCAAUCAUCACCGUCAAACAAGGUCAUGAGCCCCUGAACUUCACCGGUUGGUUCACUGCCUGGGACCCUUACAAGUGGAGCGAUGGGAAGUCUUAUGAACAGAUGAAGAGCAGUUUAGGGGAUGUAUCUGCCAUAUCAGAAAUUACAAUGGAUCUGAAAAAUGCUAACUUCAGCCACAGAAGUUCCAGCAAUAAGCCUGUCACUGCCAAUGCAGAGAUUUCAGAAGCCCGGUCAAGUCUGCAGGAUAACCAAACACUUACUCACAGUAGUAACUGUUACAACACCGACACACCUUUGCAAGAAGCAAAUGAGAUCGGUACAUUCCCUAGAGAUCUGCUGAUUAACAAGACGGUGGAUGAGCUUCCGGAAGGUGUGGAUCCCACCAAAAAGGAGUACUUCCUAUCUGAUGCAGAAUUUUUUGAUAUCUUUGGGAAGACAAAAGAUGCAUUUUACCAGAUGCCUACAUGGAAACAGCAAAACGAGAAGAAACAACUCGGAUUGUUUUGAACAAAGGGACGGAUAGUUGGUGACACCUGAAAACAGGAUUGUUUGCAAGGCAGGGCACAAAGGUUAAGAUGGGGCCACAAAUUUAUCUUAGAACUGUCAAUGCAGGUAAAAAAUUGAUGGAACUUUGAUCGCUCGGUGGCUAUACCAUCUUGGCUGUUUUGACUUCCUGACUCAGAAAGAAGAUGGAUCUUGGAAGAGAGUUUCCCAAAUUUCAAAAGGACAAUUUUAAAAAUAAAGUCUUCUAGAAAUCUGUAUGGUCAACAAUAAUCUUAAUGAAAAUGAUUUCCUAAUUUUUCUCAACUGAGAAAACAGUAACUUCCCCGUCCCCACUACAAAAUUGUUCCAUUAUUUGCAUAAGAAAUACAUGAAGGUUUCUCUCAA